GGCAUUCAGUGGAGGAACGACGAACAACCCUCGCUCUGAAAAGUUUUGGUGCAUCAACAACCCUCUAUCGUUCUUUCCGUUGUCGUUCUCCUCUUAAUUUCUUGAACCCACAACACCGAUUCACCAGGCAUCCACAAACCUUCUCCUACUUGGCACUGCCUUCGUUUGGCAUUGUCCACGACAAUACCAAGUGUGAAGAUUUUUCAUCACCCUUCAACCCUCCUUGCUCUCCUGGUUCGUGCCACUGUCUUCAAUUCUUACAUAACUCCCCCCCCCCCCACCUCCUCUCAUGUUGCAUUGAGGCUGACCUCAUUCCCUUGGCCUUGAUUGUCGGAUAUAGGGCCACAUCCUACCGCAACAACAACAUCCAUAACAACACGUUAUAAUGGCCGAUAAUCAAAAGGAGGCUGAACAUAUAGACGGCCACGAAGAAGGUGCUGAUGAUGAGG